AUGACUUUCAUUUUAUGCGAAGAAUGUGAACAAGGCAUUGACGCGACGACUGGUUGGUGUACACCAUGUAACGCCAAACACUUUGAAAAUAACUUCCCUAAUUGGACAAGUGAGAAUGCCGAAAUAGACGAGUUUAUUCGUAACUCUCAAAUAACCGCCAAGCGUCACGAAUGUGUGUUCGAAUGGGUUGACUAUUCUAAAUUUAAAUUACUCCAAAGGGUCGAAUUUUCUAGAAACAAUAAAGCUUAUUGGGAAGAAGGGCAUUUGUUAAGGUGGGACGUAAAAUCGAAUAAAUGGUUUCGGCAUGGUGAGCAGUGGGUUAAGUUGGUAACUAAUUAUUCUGCCGAAAAACACUUGGGUCCACGGGUCCUUAAACUGGAGUCUGAAUUUUCGAUAUCAAACUCACCAUCAAUGAGACUGAUUUAUGGAGUCACGCGUAACCCUAUAACAAAAGAAUAUGCUGUAAUUGAAAAUUUAAUGGACCAAUGUCCUUCUUGUGGUCAAAAAUGGAUUGAGUUUCUUGAAGAGGUCAAAGCUAUGUAUCAAUGUCUUAAAAUUAACUUGGGCUCUUUAGAUUGCUACGGUAUAACACGAAAUCCUGCCACGCAAGAUUAUCUAAUAGUCAUGCGAUUUGUCGAGUACGGAGAUUUAAGAGCCUACCUAUCCUCUACCUUUGCCACUAGUAGUUGGAAAGAUCGUCUCGACAGGCUUUGGAGCCUCUCAAUUGAUCUCCGUAGCCUUCAUCGGUCAGGCCUCGUGCAUCGAGAUUUACACGGUGGGAAUGUGCUUUUUGGCAAUAAUAGGCGUAGCUUUAUUGCCGACCUUGGUUUAACUUGUAAGGAUGGUCAAACUGAAACUGGAGAUAUCAAGGGAGUCUUACCAUACGUUGCUCCAGAAAUUCUUCAUCGCAAACCCCAUACAAAAUCAUCGGAUAUUUACAGUUUUUCCAUCAUCAUGUGGGAAUUUACUUCCUCUCGGCCUCCUUUUUUUGAAAUGAUGUACGAUUAUGUUUUGGCUCAUAAGAUUUGCGGAGGGUUAAGGCCACCAAUAAUUAAAGGGACACCGGAAUGUUAUGCUCAAUUAAUGAAGCAAUGUUGGGAUGCUGACCCAACUAAACGUCCUACCGCUCAAAUUUUGACUGAAGCUUUAGAGAAAUGGGCCAUAAUUCUUUCAAAGGAAAAAUCAAAUGAUGACGAUGACGACGAAGUUAAUAUAAGGAAUCAAUUUAAAUUAGCCGAGUUGGAAAGACAAAAAAAUCCAUUCCCUGUCGUACCGUUUUCGGAAAUUAAUACACGCCCUUUGACUAGUCGUCUUCUCCCAACGAUCAAUCUUCACACAAUUACAGAAGGAUACCAAACCAUACAAUAUGAUCUCGAAAUUUCGGAUGAUUUAUAA